AUGAUGCUUUCAAGCCCUGUAACGUCAACCCCGUUUUCUGUCAAGGACAUCCUAAAACUGGAGCAGCAGUCUCACCACCUGCACGGUCAUUCUUUGCAAGUACCUUUGCAAGAUUUACAGCAGCAGCAGCAGCGAUUUCACACCCCUCCAUCUUGCCUGCUUGAGGGUGAAGAGAGCCCUGGAUUCUCAGACAGCGAGGACAGAAUGGCUUUUCUUAACUCUCUAUCCGUGCAGGACAGCCUGGUUGAAAGCAGCCUUUCUCCGCCCAUGUUUACCCAUUCCGCUCUGGGACACGUCGUGGACGCAAAGUUAGAGGAAGAUAUGGAAGAGCAGGAAACUAAAACUUGUGGCGCUGCAGUGAGAUCUCCGGACUGUGAGGUCCCAUCGGAUCUUGACAGAUCUCAGAGGCAGAGAGCUAGGAGGAAGCCGCGGGUGCUUUUCUCCCAGGCACAGGUCUUCGAACUGGAGCGACGCUUUAAGCAGCAGCGCUAUCUUUCCGCUCCAGAACGAGAACACUUGGCCAGCACUCUGAAACUCACCUCAACUCAGGUCAAGAUCUGGUUCCAGAACCGAAGAUACAAAUGCAAGCGCCAGCGCCAAGACAAAAGCCUGGAGAUAGCUGGUCACCAUCAUCACCACCCACCGCCGCCGAGACGAGUGGCAGUACCGGUUUUAGUCCGUGACGGAAAACCUUGUCUCUCGGGAUCCCAGAAUUAUAACGCUACCUACGCUGUUGGCUCUAACCCCUACUGUUAUAAUAGCUACUCGACUUAUAAUAAUGCAGCAUACACAAAUGCAUAUAACUGCUCAUAUCCCAGUCUUCCAACACUCCCAGCAAACACAGGAGCCAACCCUCUAAUGUCCAUGAGUCUGAAUAAUCUCGGAGCGCACUCCCAGGCUCAGUCAUCGCAAGGGACUUCGGUUUCACCAUGCCAAGGGACUCUGCAGGGCAUCCGGGCGUGGUAGUGCAUGACAACCGUGUGUCAUU